AUGGCCGAGAAAGGAGGAGGAGGAGGAGAAGAAGUGAAGGUGUUGAAGACAUGGUCGAGCUUGUUCGGACUGAGGGUCAUUUGGGCGCUGAAGCUCAAAGGCAUACCCUACGACUCCAUUGAUGAAGACCUCGCCAACAAGAGCGAUCUGCUUCUGCACUACAACCCUGUCCACAAGAAGGUCCCUGUCCUCAUUCACAACGGGAAGCCCGUCUGUGAAUCGCUCGUGAUCCUCGAGUACAUCGACGAGGCUUGGAGCCAGAACCCGCCUAGGUUGUUGCCUCGGGAUCCCGUCCAGCGCGCCUCGGCUCGCUUCUGGGCCAAAUUUGCCGACGAGAAGGCGUUUCAAUCGAUGCGGCAAGCCUUGACAAACGAAGGGAAGGAGCAAGAGGAAGGCCUGGCUUCGAUUGCAGAGAACCUCAAGUAG